GCUCUCUCUCUCUCUCUCUCAUGAAUUAUUACAGCCACGGGUAACUGUCGGUGGAGUGCAAGCAUCCUAUGAAGAUUUGGUCGAUAUAAGCUGGUUCUGUGCUCUUACUUUCAUUUCCAAACGUUAAACAGUAAUUCUGGUGUUUCACUUUACCCAGUCUGGUCCAUUUUGCCUCAGUUUCUGGGUGAGACACAAUGUGGUCACUGAUUGGCAUAGAUAUGCAAUAUUGCUGAAAUCAUGGACCACAGGGGUUGGCUUUGGAGGAAAAAAUCUUCAGAGAAGACGAUUGUUUCAACUAACAGACUUGCUAUUCCUUUAGGAACAAUUGAAGAAGAAGAGGUACAAACAUAUCCAGCUGAGAGAGGAAAUGAUGUAGAGAGACCGGGGAAAUAUCUGAAUGAGAAGUUAGCUUCAGUCCUCCUUGACUCUAACAAUAAAGAAGGCAUACCAGGAGAUUUAGUACCAAAGCAAGAACUAGAUGAAGCUUUGAGGCAGGGAAUAGCUGCAAAUGAAAGAUCAAUCCAUUCAGAUGAUGCAUUGAAAGAAUGCAUGGAACAAUUAAUUUUUGUUCGGGAAGAACAGGAGCAAAGAAUACAUGAUGCUGUUAUGAUGGCAUCAAUAGAGUAUGAGAAAUCUCAGAAAAACUUAGAAGCUAAGUUGCAAGAGAGAAAUGAACAGGUUACAAACUUGGCUGUUGAAAAUACAAAUCUGACCAGGGCCCUUCGAGCAAAAGAGAAAUUCAUGGAAGAUUUAUGCAGACAGAAGUCUCAAACAGAUGCAGAAUUUAAUGCACUAAUGGCUAGACUGGAUUCAACAGAAAAAGAAAAUUCCUUCUUAAGAUAUGAAUUUCACAUGCUAGAGAAGGAACUCGAGAUUCGAAGUGAGGAGAUGGAGUACAACCGUCGGUGUGCUGAAGAAUCACACAAACAGCAUUUGGAGAGUAUGAUGAAAAUCACAGAGUUAGACCAAGAAUGUCAAAGACUCAAUCUUCUGCUGCGAAAACGGCUGCCAGGUCCUGCUUCAAUGAAUAUGAAGAAUGGAGUUAAAAUGAUGGGGAGGGAUCAAACAGAGAUAAGAAGAAGGAAGCUUAAUCCUACUAGAGAUAUGAUUGUAAGAGAUGACAACAUGGGAAACUCGCCUGAAAUACCAAAUAAGAAUAUGAGUUUCAUGAUUGAGCAGUUACGUAAUAUGGAAGAGGAAAACAAAGUUCUUAGAGAUAUUUUGACCAGGAAAAACUCUGAGCUUCUUUCUUCGAGGAACAUGCAUUCUCAGAUAGCUUCCAGAUUGUCUCAGGCUGAGAAAUCUAUGGAGCUGGCACGAUGUAGUCCUAUCCCAAAUGAUGUUUCUCGAUCUUCAAGGUAUGACAUUUGCAGUGAUGAUGGGAUGAGUUCUUCCGGAUCUUGGGCUAGUGCAUUACUGACAGAGUUGGAACAUUUUAGAAGUGGUAGGCUUAAAAGUCCACAGGAGCAGAAAGAAAUGGAGGUUUCAGACAUGAGCUUAAUGGAUGAUUUUGUUGAGAUGGAGAAAUUGGCAAUAGUUUCUGCGGAUACACCUCCUAAAAAUAUACAUAAUCUUCGCUUUACUGGUAAGGACCUGGUACGAGUUGGAGAUCAAUAUAGCAUGAGCAAGUACAGUGAGUCCAGAGAUGUAGUACCUGAGAAUUCUUUUGACUGGCUUCAGGUUGUUUUGAAAGCAAUGUUGGAGCAAAAAAAUAUGUCAAAACGAAGUCUAGAUGAGCUAUUUGAGGACAUCAAAAUUGCUUUGGGUUACCUAAAACAACCAACUAAGCAUGAGGCUAGUAAAACUGCAGAAUCUGUAGAGAAGUCAUUGUGUCUAGCUCUAGUUGCUUCUUCAAAUGAAAAUAAGGUUGGUGAUAAACUGCAAGAAGAAAACAGCAGACUAAAAGAUGAACUGAACAAAAUGGAAUCUGCAAAGAAAGAAAUGGAAGCUAAGCUACAGUCAGCAACUGAAAAGAACGAAGCAUUGAUGGUACAACUUCAGGAAUCACAGCAAAGCCUUGGAACCCUACAAACAGAAAUGGAGAGUCUGAGAGAAGCAGAGGGGUUGAUAGAAGACCAGCUCGAAAAUCAGAAGUCAAUUAAUGAAGACCUUGAUACCCAGCUAACUAUUGCCAAAGCAAAGUUAAAUGAAGUCUUCCAGAAGUUCUCCUCUUUAGAAGUGGAAUUGGAGGAUAAACAUAAUUGUUUCGAAGAACUAGAAGCAACAUGUCUUGAGCUCCAACUCCAGCAAGAAAGUGCUACAAAGACGGAAACUCCAGAGUAUGACAUAAGCAAAGAGGAAAAACAGUCCCAACCUGGAUGGGAAAUCACAACAGCCUCAGUGAAGCUGGCAGAGUGCCAAGAAACCAUCCUAAACUUGGGAAAACAGCUGAAGGCACUAGCUACACCAAGAGAAGCAGCACUGUUUGACAAGGUGUUCUCUACCACCAGCACUGCAGCCAACGGCACCAAUAAUAACUUGCCCAAGCGCUCUUCUCUACGUGAUCGAAUGCUAGAUGAUGAAGAUCCCAAAGACGGGGUUCUGAAGUCUCCAAAGGGUAAACAUGAAUCAAGGGAUGCAGAUGCACAAAAACCAUCCCUUCUUCACUCUGAUAGUCAUAAUGCUUUGUCCACUCCUAGUGCUCUGGUAAAUACCCGCCAAGUAAACUUUGGUUCAAAGCAUCUGGCUAUUGUGCCGAGUAAGAAACAAGGAGGUUUUGGUUUUCUAAGGAGGCUACUGCUGAGGAGGAAGAAAGGAAGCAGCAAGAAACCACAAACCUUGUCCAAAGCUUGAUUUUCAGAAGGUGAGGAACCUAAAAGAAAAUGCAGCAAAUCGCAAGACUUUCGUGAGGUAACAAGACUUGGUAGCAUGUGAAAUCUGUUUUCUUCUGCUGUUUGGUUUUUUCUCAUUACUACUUGGCAUUACUAGAGUUUAAGCUUAUUUUCUAGCAUAAUGUGAGCGAGUGAGAUCUGUGAGUUAGUGAGUCUGCCUGAUGUAUAUAUAUCUUUGUUUGAAGCUUCGAAGACUAUAAUUACAUAAUUAAUAAGACUGACAGACGAUGAUCAGAUC